AUGGAGUGUCAAGGCUCACGAAGGAGUGUCAAGGCCUACGAAGGAGUGUCAAGGCCUACGAAGGAGUGUCAAGGCUCACGAAGGAGUGUCAAGGUCUACGAAGGAGUGUCACGGCUCACGAAGGAGUGUCAAGGCUCACGAAGGAGUGUCAAGGCUCACGAAGGAGUGCCAAGGCCUACGAAGGAGUGUCAAGGCUCACGAAGGAGUGUCAAGGCCUACGAAGGAGUGUCAAGGCCUACGAAGGAGUGUCAAGGCUCACGAAGGAGUGUCAAGGCCUACGAAGGAGUGUCAAGGCUCACGAAGGAGUGUCAAGGCUCACGAAGGAGUGUCAAGGCUCACGAAAGAGUGUCAAGGCCUACGAAGGAGAGUCAAGGCCUACGAAGGAGUGUCAAGGCUCACGAAGGAGUGUCAAGGCCUACGAAGGAGUGUCAAGGCUCACGAAGGAGUGUCAAGGCCUACGAAGGAGUGUCAAGGCUCACGAAGGAGUGUCAAGGCCUACGAAGGAGUGUCAAGGCCUACGAAGGAGUGUCAAGGCCUACGAAGGAGAGUCAAGGCCUACGAAGGAGUGUCAAGGCUCACGAAGGAGUGUCAAGGCCUACGAAGGAGUGUCAAGGCCUACGAAGGAGUGUCAAGGCUCACGAAGGAGUGUCAAGGCCUACGAAGGAGUGUCAAGGCUCACGAAGGAGUGUCAAGGCUCACGAAGGAGUGUCAAGGCUCACGAAAGAGUGUCAAGGCCUACGAAGGAGAGUCAAGGCCUACGAAGGAGUGUCAAGGCUCACGAAGGAGUGUCAAGGCCUACGAAGGAGUGUCAAGGCUCACGAAGGAGUGUUAAGGCUCACGAUGGAGUGUCAAGGCCUACGAAGGAGUGUCAAGGCUCACGAAGGAGUGUCAAGGCUCACGAAGGAGUGUCAAGGCCUACGAAGGAGUGUCAAGGCCUACGAAGGAGUGUCACGGCUCACGAAGGAGUGUCAAGGCUCACGAAGGAGUGUCAAGGCUCACGAAGGAGUGCCAAGGCCUACGAAGGAGUGUCAAGGCUCACGAAGGAGUGUCAAGGCCUACGAAGGAGUGUCAAGGCCUACGAAGGAGUGUCAAGGCUCACGAAGGAGUGUCAAGGCCUACGAAGGAGUGUCAAGGCUCACGAAGGAGUGUCAAGGCUCACGAAGGAGUGUCAAGGCUCACGAAAGAGUGUCAAGGCCUACGAAGGAGAGUCAAGGCCUACGAAGGAGUGUCAAGGCUCACGAAGGAGUGUCAAGGCCUACGAAGGAGUGUCAAGGCUCACGAAGGAGUGUCAAGGCCUACGAAGGAGUGUCAAGGCUCACGAAGGAGUGUCAAGGCCUACGAAGGAGUGUCAAGGCCUACGAAGGAGUGUCAAGGCUCACGAAGGAGUGCUCACGAUGGAGUGUCAAGGCCUACGAAGGAGUGUCAAGGCUCACGAAGGAGUGUCAAGGCUCACAAAGGAGUGUCAAGGCCUACGAAGGAGUGUCAAGGCUCACGAAGGAGUGUCAAGGCCUACGAAGGAGUGUCAAGGCUCACGAAGGAGUGUCAAGGCUCACGAAGGAGUGUCAAGGCCUACGAAGGAGUGUCAAGGCUCACGAAGGAGUGUCAAGGCUCACGAAGGAGUGUCAAGGCUCACGAAGGAGCGUCAAGGCCUACGCAGGAGUGUCAAGGCUCACGAAGGAGUGUCAAGGCUCACGAAGGAGUGUCAAGGCUCACGAAGGAGUGUCAAGGCUCACGAAGGAGUGUCAAGGCCUACGAAGGAGUGUCAAGGCUCACGAAGGAGUGUCAAGGCUCACGAAGGAGUGUCAAGGCCUACGAAGGAGUGUCAAGGCUCACGAAGGAGUGUCAAGGCUCACGAAGGAGUGUCAAGGCUCACGAAGGAGUGUCAAGGCCUACGAAGGAGUGUCAAGGCUCACGAAGGAGUGUCAAGGCCUACGAAGGAGUGUCAAGGCUCACGAAGGAGUGUCAAGGCCUACGAAGAAGUGUCAAGGCUCACGAAGGAGUGUCAAGGCCUACGAAGGAGUGUCAAGGCUCACGAAGGAGUGUCAAGGCUCACGAAGGAGUGUCAAGGCCUACGAAGGAGAGUCAAGGCCUACGAAGGAGUGUCAAGGCUCACGAAGGAGUGUCAAGGCCUACGAAGGAGUGUCAAGGCUCACGAAGGAGUGUCAAGGCCUACGAAGGAGUGUCAAGGCUCACGAAGGAGUGUCAAGGCUCACGAAGGAGUGCCAAGGCCUACGAAGGAGUGUCAAGGCUCACGAAGGAGUGUCAAGGCCUACGAAGGAGUGUCAAGGCCUACGAAGGAGUGUCAAGGCUCACGAAGGAGUGUCAAGGCCUACGAAGGAGUGUCAAGGCUCACGAAGGAGUGUCAAGGCUCACGAAGGAGUGUCAAGGCUCACGAAAGAGUGUCAAGGCCUACGAAGGAGAGUCAAGGCCUACGAAGGAGUGUCAAGGCUCACGAAGGAGUGUCAAGGCCUACGAAGGAGUGUCAAGGCUCACGAAGGAGUGUCAAGGCCUACGAAGGAGUGUCAAGGCUCACGAAGGAGUGUCAAGGCCUACGAAGGAGUGUCAAGGCCUACGAAGGAGUGUCAAGGCUCACGAAGGAGUGUUAAGGCUCACGAUGGAGUGUCAAGGCCUACGAAGGAGUGUCAAGGCUCACGAAGGAGUGUCAAGGCUCACGAAGGAGUGUCGAGGCCUACGAAGGAGAGUCAAGGCCUACGAAGGAGUGUCAAGGCUCACGAAGGAGUGUCAAGGCCUACGAAGGAGUGUCAAGGCUCACGAAGGAGUGUCAAGGCCUACGAAGGAGUGUCAAGGCUCACGAAGGAGUGUCAAGGCUCACGAAGGAGUGUCAAGGCCUACGAAGGAGUGUCAAGGCUCACGAAGGAGUGUCAAGGCUCACGAUGGAGUGUCAAGGCCUACGAAGGAGUGUCAAGGCUCACGAAGGAGUGUCAAGGCUCACGAAGGAGUGUCAAGGCCUACGAAGGAGUGUCACGGCUCACGAAGGAGUGUCAAGGCUCACGAAGGAGUGUCAAGGCUCACGAAGGAGUGCCAAGGCCUACGAAGGAGUGUCAAGGCUCACGAAGGAGUGUCAAGGCCUACGAAGGAGUGUCAAGGCCUACGAAGGAGUGUCAAGGCUCACGAAGGAGUGUCAAGGCCUACGAAGGAGUGUCAAGGCUCACGAAGGAGUGUCAAGGCUCACGAAGGAGUGUCAAGGCUCACGAAAGAGUGUCAAGGCCUACGAAGGAGAGUCAAGGCCUACGAAGGAGUGUCAAGGCUCACGAAGGAGUGUCAAGGCCUACGAAGGAGUGUCAAGGCUCACGAAGGAGUGUUAAGGCUCACGAUGGAGUGUCAAGGCUCACGAAGGAGUGUCAAGGCCUACGAAGGAGUGUCAAGGCCUACGAAGGAGUGUCAAGGCUCACGAAGGAGUGUCAAGGUCUACGAAGGAGUGUCACGGCUCACGAAGGAGUGUCAAGGCUCACGAAGGAGUGUCAAGGCUCACGAAGGAGUGCCAAGGCCUACGAAGGAGUGUCAAGGCUCACGAAGGAGUGUCAAGGCCUACGAAGGAGUGUCAAGGCCUACGAAGGAGUGUCAAGGCUCACGAAGGAGUGUCAAGGCCUACGAAGGAGUGUCAAGGCUCACGAAGGAGUGUCAAGGCUCACGAAGGAGUGUCAAGGCUCACGAAAGAGUGUCAAGGCCUACGAAGGAGAGUCAAGGCCUACGAAGGAGUGUCAAGGCUCACGAAGGAGUGUCAAGGCCUACGAAGGAGUGUCAAGGCUCACGAAGGAGUGUCAAGGCCUACGAAGGAGUGUCAAGGCUCACGAAGGAGUGUCAAGGCCUACGAAGGAGUGUCAAGGCCUACGAAGGAGUGUCAAGGCUCACGAAGGAGUGUUAAGGCUCACGAAGGAGUGUCAAGGCCUACGAAGGAGUGUCAAGGCUCACGAAGGAGUGUCAAGGCCUACGAAGGAGUGUCAAGGCUCACGAAGGAGUGUCAAGGCUCACGAAGGAGUGUCAAGGCUCACGAAAGAGUGUCAAGGCCUACGAAGGAGAGUCAAGGCCUACGAAGGAGUGUCAAGGCUCACGAAGGAGUGUCAAGGCCUACGAAGGAGUGUCAAGGCUCACGAAGGAGUGUCAAGGCCUACGAAGGAGUGUCAAGGCUCACGAAGGAGUGUCAAGGCCUACGAAGGAGUGUCAAGGCCUACGAAGGAGUGUCAAGGCUCACGAAGGAGUGUUAAGGCUCACGAAGGAGUGUCAAGGCCUACGAAGGAGUGCUCACGAUGGAGUGUCAAGGCCUACGAAGGAGUGUCAAGGCUCACGAAGGAGUGUCAAGGCUCACAAAGGAGUGUCAAGGCCUACGAAGGAGUGUCAAGGCUCACGAAGGAGUGUCAAGGCCUACGAAGGAGUGUCAAGGCUCACGAAGGAGUGUCAAGGCUCACGAAGGAGUGUCAAGGCCUACGAAGGAGUGUCAAGGCUCACGAAGGAGUGUCAAGGCUCACGAAGGAGUGUCAAGGCUCACGAAGGAGCGUCAAGGCCUACGCAGGAGUGUCAAGGCUCACGAAGGAGUGUCAAGGCUCACGAAGGAGUGUCAAGGCUCACGAAGGAGUGUCAAGGCUCACGAAGGAGUGUCAAGGCCUACGAAGGAGUGUCAAGGCUCACGAAGGAGUGUCAAGGCUCACGAAGGAGUGUCAAGGCCUACGAAGGAGUGUCAAGGCUCACGAAGGAGUGUCAAGGCUCACGAAGGAGUGUCAAGGCUCACGAAGGAGUGUCAAGGCCUACGAAGGAGUGUCAAGGCUCACGAAGGAGUGUCAAGGCCUACGAAGGAGUGUCAAGGCUCACGAAGGAGUGUCAAGGCCUACGAAGGAGUGUCAAGGCUCACGAAGGAGUGUCAAGGCCUACGAAGGAGUGUCAAGGCUCACGAAGGAGUGUCAAGGCUCACGAAGGAGUGUCAAGGCCUACGAAGGAGAGUCAAGGCCUACGAAGGAGUGUCAAGGCUCACGAAGGAGUGUCAAGGCCUACGAAGGAGUGUCAAGGCUCACGAAGGAGUGUCAAGGCCUACGAAGGAGUGUCAAGGCUCACGAAGGAGUGUCAAGGCUCACGAAGGAGUGCCAAGGCCUACGAAGGAGUGUCAAGGCUCACGAAGGAGUGUCAAGGCCUACGAAGGAGUGUCAAGGCCUACGAAGGAGUGUCAAGGCUCACGAAGGAGUGUCAAGGCCUACGAAGGAGUGUCAAGGCUCACGAAGGAGUGUCAAGGCUCACGAAGGAGUGUCAAGGCUCACGAAAGAGUGUCAAGGCCUACGAAGGAGAGUCAAGGCCUACGAAGGAGUGUCAAGGCUCACGAAGGAGUGUCAAGGCCUACGAAGGAGUGUCAAGGCUCACGAAGGAGUGUCAAGGCCUACGAAGGAGUGUCAAGGCUCACGAAGGAGUGUCAAGGCCUACGAAGGAGUGUCAAGGCCUACGAAGGAGUGUCAAGGCUCACGAAGGAGUGUUAAGGCUCACGAUGGAGUGUCAAGGCCUACGAAGGAGUGUCAAGGCUCACGAAGGAGUGUCAAGGCUCACGAAGGAGUGUCGAGGCCUACGAAGGAGAGUCAAGGCCUACGAAGGAGUGUCAAGGCUCACGAAGGAGUGUCAAGGCCUACGAAGGAGUGUCAAGGCUCACGAAGGAGUGUCAAGGCCUACGAAGGAGUGUCAAGGCUCACGAAGGAGUGUCAAGGCUCACGAAGGAGUGUCAAGGCCUACGAAGGAGUGUCAAGGCUCACGAAGGAGUGUCAAGGCUCACGAUGGAGUGUCAAGGCCUACGAAGGAGUGUCAAGGCUCACGAAGGAGUGUCAAGGCUCACGAAGGAGUGUCAAGGCCUACGAAGGAGUGUCACGGCUCACGAAGGAGUGUCAAGGCUCACGAAGGAGUGUCAAGGCUCACGAAGGAGUGCCAAGGCCUACGAAGGAGUGUCAAGGCUCACGAAGGAGUGUCAAGGCCUACGAAGGAGUGUCAAGGCCUACGAAGGAGUGUCAAGGCUCACGAAGGAGUGUCAAGGCCUACGAAGGAGUGUCAAGGCUCACGAAGGAGUGUCAAGGCUCACGAAGGAGUGUCAAGGCUCACGAAAGAGUGUCAAGGCCUACGAAGGAGAGUCAAGGCCUACGAAGGAGUGUCAAGGCUCACGAAGGAGUGUCAAGGCCUACGAAGGAGUGUCAAGGCUCACGAAGGAGUGUUAAGGCUCACGAUGGAGUGUCAAGGCUCACGAAGGAGUGUCAAGGCCUACGAAGGAGUGUCAAGGCCUACGAAGGAGUGUCAAGGCUCACGAAGGAGUGUCAAGGUCUACGAAGGAGUGUCACGGCUCACGAAGGAGUGUCAAGGCUCACGAAGGAGUGUCAAGGCUCACGAAGGAGUGCCAAGGCCUACGAAGGAGUGUCAAGGCUCACGAAGGAGUGUCAAGGCCUACGAAGGAGUGUCAAGGCCUACGAAGGAGUGUCAAGGCUCACGAAGGAGUGUCAAGGCCUACGAAGGAGUGUCAAGGCUCACGAAGGAGUGUCAAGGCUCACGAAGGAGUGUCAAGGCUCACGAAAGAGUGUCAAGGCCUACGAAGGAGAGUCAAGGCCUACGAAGGAGUGUCAAGGCUCACGAAGGAGUGUCAAGGCCUACGAAGGAGUGUCAAGGCUCACGAAGGAGUGUCAAGGCCUACGAAGGAGUGUCAAGGCUCACGAAGGAGUGUCAAGGCCUACGAAGGAGUGUCAAGGCCUACGAAGGAGUGUCAAGGCUCACGAAGGAGUGUUAAGGCUCACGAAGGAGUGUCAAGGCCUACGAAGGAGUGUCAAGGCUCACGAAGGAGUGUCAAGGCCUACGAAGGAGUGUCAAGGCCUACGAAGGAGUGUUAAGGCUCACGAUGGAGUGUCAAGGCCUACGAAGGAGUGUCAAGGCUCACGAAGGAGUGUCAAGGCUCACAAAGGAGUGUCAAGGCCUACGAAGGAGUGUCAAGGCUCACGAAGGAGUGUCAAGGCCUACGAAGGAGUGUCAAGGCUCACGAAGGAGUGUCAAGGCUCACGAAGGAGUGUCAAGGCCUACGAAGGAGUGUCAAGGCUCACGAAGGAGUGUCAAGGCUCACGAAGGAGUGUCAAGGCUCACGAAGGAGCGUCAAGGCCUACGCAGGAGUGUCAAGGCCUACGAAGGAGUGUUAAGGCUCACGAUGGAGUGUCAAGGCUCACGAAGGAGUGUCAAGGCCUACGAAGGAGUGUCAAGGCCUACGAAGGAGUGUCAAGGCUCACGAAGGAGUGUCAAGGCUCACGAAGGAGUGUCAAGGCCUACGAAGGAGUGUCACGGCUCACGAAGGGGUGUCAAGGCUCACGAAGGAGUGUCAAGGCUCACGAAGGAGUGCCAAGGCCUACGAAGGAGUGUCAAGGCUCACGAAGGAGUGUCAAGGCCUACGAAGGAGUGUCAAGGCCUACGAAGGAGUGUCAAGGCUCACGAAGGAGUGUCAAGGCCUACGAAGGAGUGUCAAGGCUCACGAAGGAGUGUCAAGGCUCACGAAGGAGUGUCAAGGCUCACGAAAGAGUGUCAAGGCCUACGAAGGAGUGUCAAGGCUCACGAAGGAGUGUUAAGGCUCACGAUGGAGUGUCAAGGCUCACGAAGGAGUGUCAAGGCCUACGAAGGAGUGUCAAGGCCUACGAAGGAGUGUCAAGGCUCACGAAGGAGUGUCAAGGUCUACGAAGGAGUGUCACGGCUCACGAAGGAGUGUCAAGGCUCACGAAGGAGUGUCAAGGCUCACGAAGGAGUGCCAAGGCCUACGAAGGAGUGUCAAGGCUCACGAAGGAGUGUCAAGGCCUACGAAGGAGUGUCAAGGCCUACGAAGGAGUGUCAAGGCUCACGAAGGAGUGUCAAGGCCUACGAAGGAGUGUCAAGGCUCACGAAGGAGUGUCAAGGCUCACGAAGGAGUGUCAAGGCUCACGAAAGAGUGUCAAGGCCUACGAAGGAGAGUCAAGGCCUACGAAGGAGUGUCAAGGCUCACGAAGGAGUGUCAAGGCCUACGAAGGAGUGUCAAGGCUCACGAAGGAGUGUCAAGGCCUACGAAGGAGUGUCAAGGCUCACGAAGGAGUGUCAAGGCCUACGAAGGAGUGUCAAGGCCUACGAAGGAGUGUCAAGGCUCACGAAGGAGUGUUAAGGCUCACGAAGGAGUGUCAAGGCCUACGAAGGAGUGUCAAGGCUCACGAAGGAGUGUCAAGGCCUACGAAGGAGUGUCAAGGCCUUCGAAGGAGUGUUAAGGCUCACGAUGGAGUGUCAAGGCCUACGAAGGAGUGUCAAGGCUCACGAAGGAGUGUCAAGGCUCACAAAGGAGUGUCAAGGCCUACGAAGGAGUGUCAAGGCUCACGAAGGAGUGUCAAGGCCUACGAAGGAGUGUCAAGGCUCACGAAGGAGUGUCAAGGCUCACGAAGGAGUGUCAAGGCCUACGAAGGAGUGUCAAGGCUCACGAAGGAGUGUCAAGGCUCACGAAGGAGUGUCAAGGCUCACGAAGGAGCGUCAAGGCCUACGCAGGAGUGUCAAGGCCUACGAAGGAGUGUUAAGGCUCACGAUGGAGUGUCAAGGCUCACGAAGGAGUGUCAAGGCCUACGAAGGAGUGUCAAGGCCUACGAAGGAGUGUCAAGGCUCACGAAGGAGUGUCAAGGUCUACGAAGGAGUGUCACGGCUCACGAAGGAGUGUCAAGGCUCACGAAGGAGUGUCAAGGCUCACGAAGGAGUGCCAAGGCCUACGAAGGAGUGUCAAGGCUCACGAAGGAGUGUCAAGGCCUACGAAGGAGUGUCAAGGCCUACGAAGGAGUGUCAAGGCUCACGAAGGAGUGUCAAGGCCUACGAAGGAGUGUCAAGGCUCACGAAGGAGUGUCAAGGCUCACGAAGGAGUGUCAAGGCUCACGAAAGAGUGUCAAGGCCUACGAAGGAGAGUCAAGGCCUACGAAGGAGUGUCAAGGCUCACGAAGGAGUGUCAAGGCCUACGAAGGAGUGUCAAGGCUCACGAAGGAGUGUCAAGGCCUACGAAGGAGUGUCAAGGCUCACGAAGGAGUGUCAAGGCCUACGAAGGAGUGUCAAGGCCUACGAAGGAGUGUCAAGGCUCACGAAGGAGUGUUAAGGCUCACGAAGGAGUGUCAAGGCCUACGAAGGAGUGUCAAGGCUCACGAAGGAGUGUCAAGGCCUACGAAGGAGUGUCAAGGCCUACGAAGGAGUGUUAAGGCUCACGAUGGAGUGUCAAGGCCUACGAAGGAGUGUCAAGGCUCACGAAGGAGUGUCAAGGCUCACAAAGGAGUGUCAAGGCCUACGAAGGAGUGUCAAGGCUCACGAAGGAGUGUCAAGGCCUACGAAGGAGUGUCAAGGCUCACGAAGGAGUGUCAAGGCUCACGAAGGAGUGUCAAGGCCUACGAAGGAGUGUCAAGGCUCACGAAGGAGUGUCAAGGCUCACGAAGGAGUGUCAAGGCUCACGAAGGAGCGUCAAGGCCUACGCAGGAGUGUCAAGGCUCACGAAGGAGUGUCAAGGCUCACGAAGGAGUGUCAAGGCUCACGAAGGAGUGUCAAGGCUCACGAAGGAGUGUCAAGGCCUACGAAGGAGUGUCAAGGCUCACGAAGGAGUGUCAAGGCUCACGAAGGAGUGUCAAGGCCUACGAAGGAGUGUCAAGGCUCACGAAGGAGUGUCAAGGCUCACGAAGGAGUGUCAAGGCUCACGAAGGAGUGUCAAGGCCUACGAAGGAGUGUCAAGGCUCACGAAGGAGUGUCAAGGCCUACGAAGGAGUGUCAAGGCUCACGAAGGAGUGUCAAGGCCUACGAAGGAGUGUCAAGGCUCACGAAGGAGUGUCAAGGCCUACGAAGGAGUGUCAAGGCUCACGAAGGAGUGUCAAGGCUCACGAAGGAGUGUCAAGGCCUACGAAGGAGAGUCAAGGCCUACGAAGGAGUGUCAAGGCUCACGAAGGAGUGUCAAGGCCUACGAAGGAGUGUCAAGGCUCACGAAGGAGUGUCAAGGCCUACGAAGGAGUGUCAAGGCUCACGAAGGAGUGUCAAGGCUCACGAAGGAGUGUCAAGGCCUACGAAGGAGUGUCAAGGCUCACGAAGGAGUGUCAAGGCCUACGAAGGAGUGUCAAGGCUCACGAAGGAGUGUCAAGGCCUACGAAGGAGUGUCAAGGCUCACGAAGGAGUGUCAAGGCCUACGAAGGAGUGUCAAGGCUCACGAAGGAGUGUCAAGGCCUACGAAGGAGUGUCAAGGCUCACGAAGGAGUGUCAAGGCCUACGAAGGAGUGUCAAGGCUCACGAAGGAGUGUCAAGGCUCACGAAGAAGUGUCAAGGCCUACGAAGGAGAGUCAAGGCCUACGAAGGAGUGUCAAGGCUCACGAAGGAGUGUCAAGGCCUACGAAGGAGUGUCAAGGCUCACGAAGGAGUGUCAAGGCUCACGAAGGAGUGUCAAUGCUCACGAAAGAGUGUCAAGGCCUACGAAGGAGUGUCAAGGCUCACGAAGGAGUGUCAAGGCCUACGAAGGAGUGUCAAGGCUCACGAAGGAGUGUCAAGGCUCACGAAGGAGUGUCAAGGCCUACGAAGGAGUGUCAAGGCUCACGAAGGAGUGUCAAGGCUCACGAAGGAGUGUCAAGGCCUACGAAGGAGUGUCAAGGCUCACGAAGGAGUGUCAAGGCUCACGAAGGAGUGUCAAGGCCUACGAAGGAGUGUCAAGGCUCACGAAGGAGUGUCAAGGCUCACGAAGGAGUGUCAAGGCUCACGAAGGAGUGUCAAGGCCUACGAAGGAGUGUCAAGGCUCACGAAGGAGUGUCAAGGCCUACGAAGGAGUGUCAAGGCUCACGAAGGAGUGUCAAGGCCUACGAAGGAGUGUCAAGGCUCACGAAGGAGUGUCAAGGCCUACGAAGGAGUGUCAAGGCUCACGAAGGAGUGUCAAGGCUCACGAAGGAGUGUCAAGGCCUACGAAGGAGAGUCAAGGCCUACGAAGGAGUGUCAAGGCUCACGAAGGAGUGUCAAGGCCUACGAAGGAGUGUCAAGGCUCACGAAGGAGUGUCAAGGCCUACGAAGGAGUGUCAAGGCUCACGAAGGAGUGUCAAGGCUCACGAAGGAGUGUCAAGGCCUACGAAGGAGUGUCAAGGCUCACGAAGGAGUGUCAAGGCCUACGAAGGAGUGUCAAGGCUCACGAAGGAGUGUCAAGGCCUACGAAGGAGUGUCAAGGCUCACGAAGGAGUGUCAAGGCCUACGAAGGAGUGUCAAGGCUCACGAAGGAGUGUCAAGGCCUACGAAGGAGUGUCAAGGCUCACGAAGGAGUGUCAAGGCCUACGAAGGAGUGUCAAGGCUCACGAAGGAGUGUCAAGGCUCACGAAGGAGUGUCAAGGCCUACGAAGGAGAGUCAAGGCCUACGAAGGAGUGUCAAGGCUCACGAAGGAGUGUCAAGGCCUACGAAGGAGUGUCAAGGCUCACGAAGGAGUGUCAAGGCUCACGAAGGAGUGUCAAUGCUCACGAAAGAGUGUCAAGGCCUACGAAGGAGUGUCAAGGCUCACGAAGGAGUGUCAAGGCCUACGAAGGAGUGUCAAGGCUCACGAAGGAGUGUCAAGGCUCACGAAGGAGUGUCAAGGCCUACGAAGGAGUGUCAAGGCUCACGAAGGAGUGUCAAGGCCUACGAAGGAGUGUCAAGGCCUACGAAGGAGUGUCAAGGCUCACGAAGGAGUGUUAAGGCUCACGAAGGAGUGUCAAGGCCUACGAAGGAGUGUCAAGGCUCACGAAGGAGUGUCAAGGCUCACAAAGGAGUGUCAAGGCCUACGAAGGAGUGUCAAGGCUCACGAAGGAGUGUCAAGGCCUACGAAGGAGUGUCAAGGCUCACGAAGGAGUGUCAAGGCCUACGAAGGAGUGUCAAGGCCUACGAAGGAGUGUUAA